CCUGGCCUGCCUACUUACACCGGACCGAUCGUGGAUCUCGCCCCACGUUACAAGCCGCCGGGACCAGACAGGCUUCCGGGACUCGUCCAGAGGUGGCGAAUCUUUGCAGACGUCCCCGGGCACGAGAGACUGCUGUUCAUCCUGUUUAAAAUGGGUGUGAAGAAGAAAAGAGAAAUGCAGGUUGCUGCAGUGACAGUUUGCCAUCAGGACCUGGAAACUUUAAGAUCUUUUGCUGAUGUGGAAGGGAAAAAUCUUGCCUCUUUGCUGUUACAUUGUGUACAGCUCACGGAUGGAGUGUCACAAAUCCAUUCUGUUAAACAGAUUGUGCCUCUUCUGGAGAAGGUGGAUAAAGAUGUUGUGUGUGAUUCCACUAUUGAAAGUUGUUUGGAUAUUUUAGCAGGCAUUUAUUUUUCCUUGACUCCAAAGAAUCCCUUGAAGAAAGUUUUGGCAAGCUCACUGGAUGGCCUGCCCGAAUUUUUUCUAACUGAAGCUACACACAGUUUUACUUCUCAUCUUCAAGAAGAACUAGAUACUGCUGACUUACAUUCUUAUAGAAAAGUAAUCAACAAUAUAGCUUCCUGCAUGGAGAACUUUAACCUGGGUAGAGCAAGUGUUGUUAAUCUGCUUAAAGAUGUGCUUCGUUUUCUGCAGAGGAGUUUAAUUGAAAUCCUGGAAGAAAACAGAAAAUUUGCUGGAAAUCAUAUUGUUCAAACAGAGUUAAUGAAUGACUUGCUAGUAGGUGUUAGAGUGGCCAUGACAGUAGUGCAGAAAGUACAAGGGCCCCAAGGCGAACUCUGGAAUGAUUACAACUCUCCCAUCUGGCAAAGUAUGUGUGGCUUGCUGAGCAUUUUCACCAAGUUUUUAAAUGAUGAUGACCUGCUGCAGACUAUUCAAAGUACAUCUGGAUUAGCUGUUGUCCUUUUCAUUAAGACCAUGUUCCGACCAUCUGAAAAGCUUCCUGAAUUGAUCAGCAGCUUGCUUCUCCAGUCAGUUGACAACACCAUUAUCCCUGAAUGGUUCAUGAACUGCUGCAGGAGCCUUUGUUGUGCUGGUGUGCCAGCGUCAGGUCUCUUGUUCCUGUGUCAGGGAACACUUGCUAUGUUGGACUGGCAGGAUGGGAGCACGGGCCCAAGCGAGGAGGCUUUGCUCUUGGAUACUGUGCAUGUUCUGUUUACUUUGAGUUCACAGAUUAAGGAGUCAACACUAGAAAUGUUCCUGUCUAGAACAUUGGUAUCUUGGACCAAUUCAGCCAUACAAAUUCUUAAAUCAAGUUCCCCAAACCUAAAGGAUCAUCUGAAUGGGGAUUCAAGUAUAACUAGGAGACUUUUGGAAUAUGUCUAUACACACUGGGAACAUCCAUUGGAUGCUCUGAGACACCAAACUAAAAUCAUAUUCAGAAAUCUCCUGCAAAUGCACCAGCUCGCUAUGGAAGGGUCAGAUUUAGUCACUGACCCCUUCUUUUUGGAACUGACUAAGAGUCUUCUGCGAUUGGAAUGGCACAUUAAAGGGAAGUACGCUUGCCUUGGCUGUAUGGUUGAGAGUGUUGGAAUUGAACAUAUUUUGGCAAUAGAUAAAACUAUUCCAUCUCAGAUCCUAGAGGUGAUGGGAGACCAGUCAUUGGUACCAUAUGCAACUGACCUUUUGGAAAUCAUGUUUAAGAAUCAUAAGGGCCAAUUGAAGUCCCAGCCUGUCACCAAUACUUGGCUGGAUGAGUGGCAUGAGACCUGGGUUUCUCCUCUUCUUUCUAUACUGUGUGGAGGACACUUGGCUCAGAAGUCCUACGUGACUGAUUAUUACUUGCCGAGGUUACUGAAUCACAGCCCUGGAAGCCUGCAGUACAUGGUGAAGGUUCUCCAGGCAGCUAUUGAUAUGGAAGCUGGGUCUUGUAAUCACAGAGGGGCUCUGGGAGCUUUGAUGGCAUGUCUGCGAACAGCUCGAGCUCAUGGACAUCUUCAGUCUGCAACUCAUGCCUGGGAGAACCUGGUGUGCAGUGCAAGGGUAAAGCAAGGCUUAAUUCAUCAACAGUGCCAAGUGCGGAUAGACACACUAGGCUUGCUCUGUGAAAGUAAUCGGAGCACAGAAGUGGUCUCUGCCGAAGAGAUGCAGUGGAUUCAGUUCUUCAUCACAUACAAUCUCAAUAGUCAGUCUCCAGGUGUGCGGCAGCAGAUUUGCUCACUCCUUAAAAAGUUGUUCUGUAGGAUACAAGAAAGUUCUCAGGUACUAUAUAAGUUGGAGCAAAGGAAACCCACAUCUGACUCAGAGAUCGGGUGCAGCAGAGAGCAGCCUUCUGCCUCUUUACAGCAGUAUAAGAAUUUCAUGUCAUCUGUUUGCAAUAUUCUUUUCGAAGCAUUGUUUCCUGGAUCUUCCUACUCAACUAGGUUUUCAGCUUUAACCAUUUUAGGAUCAGUAGCUGAGGUGUUUCCUGCCUCAGAAGGCAACAUCCAAACAGUAUAUCAGCUGAGUCAUGAUAUUGAUGCUGGCCGUUUCCACAUACUCCUGGAAUGCUUUGCGAGUACUUUUGAAGAAGUGAAAACGUUAGCAUUCGAUCUUCUGAUGAAGCUGUCAUCAGUAACAGCUGCACACCUCCAGGAUUCGGAGAUGCUGCAAGGCCUGUUCCAGGCAGCACUGGAGCUCAGCACCAGCACGAAACCAUAUGACUGUGUGACAGCCUCCUACCUGCUGAACUUGCUGAUAUGGCAGGAUGCUUUGCCAGCCUCCCUGUCGGCCUCCUCAGCACAACAGCUCACACAUGGAGUGCGAGAGAAGUCUGUUGUGGUGGAAAAGAACACUUUAGUAGUUAUUAAAUGCUUGAUGGAAAAUCUUGAGGAUGAAAUAUCUCAGGCUGAGAACUCUCUGCUUCAGGCCGCAUCUUCAUUUCCAAUGUAUGGGAGAGUCCACUGUAUAACAAGAGCUUUCCAGAAGUUGCCUCUCAACGACCUGCGGCUGGUGGGUGAGUGGAGGACAGUGCUGGGGAAGCUUCUGCUCCUGUCCUACAGGCUUUCUGCUGUGGUGUCUCCUGUCAUCCAGAGCUCCUCCCCCGAAGGCCUCAUCCCUAUGGACACUGACUCAGAGUCAGCAAGCCGAUUGCAAGUCAUUCUCAAUGAGAUUCAGCCACGGGACACAAAUGAGUACUUCAGCCAAGCCAAAAUGCUGAAAGAAUGUGAUAGCUUUGAUUUGGAGGACUUGAGUACCAGUGUCUCCAAUAUUGAUAGUUCUACAGAAAUCAAAGGUAAAGAAGGAAAAACAUGUGACGUAACGGCUCAGAUGGUCCUGGUGUGCUGCUGGAGGAGUAUGAAGGAAGUCGCUUUACUUCUAGGCUCGGUCUGCCAACUCCUCCCUAUGCAGCCUGGGCCAGAAUCUUCCAAUGGGUUAUUAACAGUGCAGCAGGUUAAAGAAAUAGGAGAUUACUUUAAACAACAUCUUUUACAAUCCAGACACAGAGGAGCAUUUGAACUGGCUUAUACUGGUUUUGUGAAACUCACUGAAAUAUUAAACAGGUGCUCUCAUAUGAGUCUGCAAAAGCUGCCAGAGCAGUGGUUGUGGAGUGUUUUGGAGGAAAUUAAAAGCAGUGAUCCCUCAUCCAAACUCUGUGCUACAAGGCGCAGUGCUGGGAUUCCUUUCUACAUACAGGCGUUGUUGGCAUCAGAACCAAAGAAAGGCAAAAUGGAUUUGUUAAAAAUAACAAUGAAAGAGCUGCUCUCUUUGGCCUUGUCUGUAGAUGCCUCAGAGGGCAUAGUCCCCCAGGUUCAUGCUUUAAAUAUCCUCAGAGCCUUGUUCAGAGAUACCCGUCUGGGAGAAAGCAUUGUUCCUUAUGUUGCUGAUGGAGCUAAGGCUGCGAUUCUGGGCUUUACGUCACCUGUCUGGGCAGUGAGAAAUUCAUCCACACUUCUCUUUAGUUCCUUGAUCACAAGAAUAUUUGGAGUUAAAAGGGGAAAGGAAGAACUUUCCAAAACAAAUAGAAUGACAGGAAGAGAGUUUUUCUCUCGUUUCCCAGAACUGUAUCCCUUUCUUCUCAGACAGUUGGAAACUGUAGCCAAUACAGUGGACAGUGAACCAGGGGAGCCUGACCGCCACCCCAGCAUGUUCCUCUUACUCCUGGUGCUGGAGAGACUCUACCCGUCUCCGAUGGAUGGCACAUCAUCUGCACUCAGCUUGGCCCCUUUUGUGCCUUUCAUUAUCAGGUGUGGCCACUCACCUGUCUACCGCUCCCGUGAAAUGGCAGCUCGUGCGUUGGUCCCCUUCAUUAUGAUAGACCAAAUACCAAGCACCCUCUGUGAUUUGCUGGACUCUCUUCCCAACAGCACUGACCAGUCUUUCCGACAAAACCAUAUUCAUGGGACACUUCUACAAGUUUUUCAUUUGUUACAAGCCUACGUUACAGACCCCAGACACAGAACAAAUGCAGAUUUUCAGCAGGAGCUGAGUGACGUCACUGUUUGUAUCAGAGCCAAACUCUGGCUUGCCUUGAGGCAGAAUCCAUGCUUGGUGACCAGAGCUGUAUGCAUUGAUAUUUUCUUCCUGCUGACUAACUGCCUGGACAGACCUGAAGAAGGCCAGCAGACAGCUCUGCAGAGUCUUGGCCUCUGGGAAGAUGUGAGAAGAAUUAUCUUGGGAUCAGAGCUGGUUACAGGUUUCCCCUGGACCUUCAAGGUGCCAGGCCUGCCCCAGUACCUUCAGAGCCUUACCAAGCUAGCCAUCCCUGAAGUGUGGGCAUCGCUGGCUGAAGCUGAAGGGCAGGCGAUUGCUGUUCCUCUCUCCUUCUCCCGGCUUCUGGAGUCCUCCUUUUCUGAAGUGCGCUUGCUAACCCUGGAUACCCUGCUGGAAAGGGCAGCAUCCUCUGAACUGGGAGAGAAGGGACCACUUCCCUUGCUAUAUAGUAUGAGAGAGGAGUUCUUGCUGCUGACGAUGAAGGAAAACCAUCCAGGCUGUUUCUACAGGGUCCUGAAGAUUCUCUCUCAUAUGAACCCCAGUGAAUGGCUCCCACACACAGAACGCUGUGUUCAGCUCUCCCCAAAGGAGUUCCUGAUCUGGACUUUGGAUAUUGCUUCCAAUGACAGAUCUGAAAUCCAGGGUGUAGCUCUGAAGCUUGCCUCCAAAGUAAUCACCUACCGUGUGAAGACAUGUGAGGAGAACAAGGCUUCCAUGGCUCCUGAGCUGAGGCAGUGGGUCCAGCUGGUUGUCUGGUCCUGUGGAGAGCAUCUUCCUACUGCAUCUAGAUUGGCUGCUGCUGAAGUCCUCACGAGCACCGCGCCCCUGUUCCUCACUCAUCCCCAGCCCAUUCUUGAAUUGCAGGACACACUUUCUCUCUGGAGGUGUGUCCUUACCCUUCUACAAAGUGAGGAACAAACCGUCAGAGAGGCAGCCACAGAAAUCGUGACAACAGCCAUGUCACAAGGAAACACUUGCCAGUCAACAGAGUUUGCCUUCUGCCAGGUGGAUGCCUCUGUUGCUCUGGCCCUGGCCUUGGCUGUUCUGUGUGACUUGCUCCAGCAGUGGGAACAGCUGGUACCAGGACUGCCCAUUCUACUGGGAUGGCUGCUGGGAGAGGGUGAUGGCCUCGAGGGCCGUGAGCAGAGCGAACACCAGGAAGAAGACGACUACAUAUUUGAAAAAUCAGAAGUCAACUUCUGGGCUGAGACCCUGACCUUUGUGAAAUACCUAUGUAGGCAACUCUUCCAUCGCCUCUGUCAGUCUGGCUGGCAGUCCCCUCACUCACAGAAGCUCUGUCACCUGCAAAGGAUAGCAUCAGAGCAGCGUCACCUCAUCUCUCAGCUCUUCAGAGAGCUUCCACCGUCGGCUGAGUUUUUGAAGACAGUGGAAUACACAAGGCUACGCAUUCAGGAGGAAAGGACUUUGGCUGUCCUGAGGCUGCUGGCCUUCCUGGAAGGAAAGGAAGCUCUCAGAGCCGAAGACUGUCCUAGGGAAUGGAGACAAUUACUGGCCCCAAGAACAGAAGCAGCAUGUUGAAGUAAGAAGGCUGGGCAGGAAGUGGAUUAUCUAGCCAACUAGGCUUGCAAGAACACUUGGACAUAAAUUGAAACUCUUUCCUCUUUCGUUCUGUGCCUCCCCCACUUCUGGGAGACUAGGCUCCUGCCCUUUCCUACAGAGAGCUUUGUCUCAGCACAAUCAUUCAAGGGAGCCCAGCUCACUGCAGCUACUGGAGGAAAUAAGGCUACUGUGUUGAAUAUUUACUCUGUCUCCAGGUGCAGGCCACCUGCAGGCCUGAAUUAGCCUUUUCCAUCCCCAAGGACUUUCAGUCCAGCCAGAGCCUACUUCCCAUGCACUCUGGCUACUAAAUAUUGAGUUUUAGCGCACACAAGUCCUUUCACCCCAAGCACACUCGAACAUGCGCACGCGCACACACACACAGUGCUCUUUGUUUGUUUUGGUCUGGAUAUAGGAACUGGAUUAGUUUGCAAACCCCUACUUGUAUUUCUAAACUUUAUUCCAUUUUAGCAAAGGAGAAAUAUGUUCCAAGUGUUAUAUUCUGGGAGAAUUAAGAAUCUUCCCCAUGCAAAUACUUGUGGUUUUUUUUAUCCAUGUUUACAAGUCCUUCAGUGGCCCAUAUUAUGAGUCCCUCCUGUGUCCCCCAGAAAUGCCUGCCAAGGUUAGGAAACCUGCUUCAGCUGUUUGAUGGAGCCUGGGGAAAAGAGAAGCCUGAACAAAUGCUUGGUUCAUUUGAUGCCUACACUGUUUACUGUUCCGUGAUUGGUGGAAACAACAAAACGAUUCUUAUUCAGAUUCCAAUAAACACAUUUAUCCACUUGA